GAAAGUCCACAUUUGCAAUCCGAAUUCAAAGCGCUCCAAGACAGCGCCAAGAGUAAGAUCGACCAGAUCGAGAAGUUCUGCGACGCUUCUGAUGCUCCAAAUAUUAAUGAGUUUGAGUUGGUGCUCUUCGAGAACCAGAAGGAAGUUUUGAGGAGGUUGGACGCUGCAGUGCAGGGUCACCGCGACGCUAUCAAGGCUCGACUCGUUCGAAGAGCAAAGACGAUCGCGGAACGGGUGUUGUCGAGGACGAGGGGCUUCAACGACUGGGAACUGAAGGCCCUCGCGGGGGAGGUCGCGCGUUUGCAGCUCUUCGGUCUCUACUGGAAGCUCCAGGAGGGGGAAGCGAACCGCUUCGCUGAAGCCAGGGAACACAUUCGGAAAGCAGAGGCUCGGCUUUUCUGUCGGGAAAUAUUCACGGAUGCCAUGAAUGAAGCGGUUCGCAGGGCCUUGGAUGCUGCAUCUCGCAUCUGCGGAGAGUCAGGCAUCUCGAAUCACGAACGAAUCAUGGUUUUGCAGGCCAUGCAUCUCGGCCAAGGGCUCUGGCAUAAGUGUCCCAAUGGCCACAUUUAUGCGACCGAGGACCGAGGGAGAGCCAUGCAAGAAUCGAAAUGCAAAGAAUGCGGGGACAAUGAUCGACGGGACUAACCAUCAGCUGCCUCCAGAAUUGCAAUCGCCCUCCUAAUGUCGCUUCUGGUUUCGGUGUGAGCGUGUGUUAUAAAAUGGGCACAAUGUGUUUCAGCUAUUUAUUGUUAUUAAUCG